AUGCGGGCAAAGACCGGCAGAGAUCUGGUGCGUGCGACCGUGCAAGAAGUCACACGCACCCGGCGCUUCGUCUUAAUGACUGUGGAUACCGAUCCUCAGAUGGAACACCAGAAGGACAUGGUGACAUUCUGUACCGGUAACUAUGUCGGCGCAGUGCGACAGUGCCCAGCACUCUUCCUGGCGGCGGCGCUGAAGUUCAGGAGGUCAAUUUUGAGUUUACCGGGUGCUCUUACAAGGGUGCUUCUCAAAGGCAAGUUGCUUGAUUCUCUGGACUGCCGGUCGGUGUCUGUGUCAGUGGUCAUGAAGUUCAAUGAGUCGUGUGACCCGGAGCAGACGCGCAGCGAGCUCGCCUCGGAGGCCUUCGGUCACGACAGCAUCCGCAAAGCCUACGAGGACCUGGGUGCUGAGGCCUUCUAUGCAGCAAAGGGCGCCGCUUAUGUGAACCCGCACAGCGAGGUGUUGAACGAGGCUUUUGCCUGUGCCCUGGACGCCUGGGCAAGCCGCUUGUGGCCCAUGGCCUCUGUGCUCGACCUUGCCUGCGGCAGCGGCGAGGCGACGGCCGCGCUGGAGGCAUGGCUCGAGCGCCGAGGAGUCGACGCCCCGUCUCGCAUGGAGGCGGCUGACCCCUAUACCUUCGAAGCCUUCGAGCGCCGCUUCCCCAAACGGACGUGCUUCCGGUGGACCUUCGAAGAGAUUGCCGGUGGCUGCCUGGAGCCGCUGGAGCCCUACGACCUGGUGAUAUGCAGCUUUGCGCUUCACCUACUGGACCGUUCCUGGCUCUCCGUAACACUUCUUGCCCUGGCGCGGCAGGCUCGGCAUCUUGUCGUUGCCACGCCGCACAAGAGGCCCAUCAUCGAUGCCCAGAUGGGCUGGGAGUGUCACGGCGAAGUCCUUCACGAGCGGGUCCGCCUUCGGCUGUACAGCUCGUUGCUUGUAGAUGAGCUCACCCAGACCUAG